AUGCCGAGUUAUAAGUCCGUGUAUGCAUGGUCCUUUUUCGUAGUUGUCUGUGGUUCACACGGUCCAUUGCAGAGAAAGGGUAAGGGGUAUAUCCUUGAACCCCUUAUCUUGCACGGGGUUUCCCUUGAAUUGGAAUUUCUGCAGUUAUUGCUCACAAUGGCUUGCAAACUUGCACAUUCUAGUUUCCUUUUUAUGGGACCACAGCAAAGGCCAAUUAUGAACAAUAGAGUGGCCACACUUAGUUCUCCAGGCACUUAUUUUCUGAAGUGGGAAAGUCUGCCGCAGGAGAGAAUCCAACUCCAAAAGUGUUCAAAAUCCUUGAGAAAUCCUAUGAUUGUACAAGCUGUGGCAAUUCCAGUUGCACCAUCUCCACCCAGCAGUGCGGAACAUAGGAAACAAAUAACGGAAAGCUAUGGUUUUAGGCAAAUUGGAGAACCACUUCCAAAUAAUGUUACACUGAAGGAUAUUGUUGACACCCUCCCAAAAAAGGUUUUUGAGAUUGAUGAUAUGAAAGCAUGGAAGUCAGUUCUGAUAUCUGUCACUUCAUAUGCACUGGGCCUCUUCAUGAUCUCCAAAGCGCCGUGGUAUCUUCUUCCUCUGGCUUGGGCAUGGACUGGGACUGCAAGCACGGGGUUUUUUGUCAUAGGCCAUGAUUGUGCACACAAAUCAUUCGCGAGGAACAAAUUUGUGGAAGACAUUGUUGGGACUCUGGCAUUUUUGCCAUUGAUAUAUCCCUAUGAGCCGUGGCGUUUUAAGCAUGAUCGGCAUCACGCAAGAACAAACAUGUUGAAUGAAGAUACAGCCUGGCACCCAGUUUGGAAAGAGGAGUUUGAGUCAUCCCCAGUUCUGCGAAAGGCAAUUAUAUAUGGAUAUGGCCCUUUUCGACCUUGGAUGUCUAUAGCUCACUGGUUGAUGUGGCAUUUUGAUUUGAAGAAGUUCAGACCUAAUGAAGUUAAAAGAGUGAAGAUAAGCCUGGCUUGUGUAUUUGCAUUUAUGGCAAUUGGAUGGCCUCUAAUUGUCUUCAAGACAGGGAUAAUGGGAUGGAUUAAGUUCUGGCUAAUGCCGUGGUUGGGUUAUCACUUUUGGAUGAGUACUUUCACAAUGGUUCAUCAUACAGCGCCGCACAUACCUUUUAAGCAUUCGGACGAUUGGAAUGCUGCUCAGGCCCAGCUUAAUGGCACAGUUCAUUGUGACUAUCCUAGUUGGAUAGAGAUCCUCUGUCAUGAUAUCAAUGUCCACAUCCCUCAUCAUAUUUCACCAAGGAUACCAAGCUAUAAUUUGAGGGCUGCUCAUAAGUCUCUUCAAGAGAAUUGGGGAAAGUAUCUGAACGAGGCUGCAUGGAAUUGGAGAUUGAUGAAGACAAUAUUGACAAUAUGCCAUGUUUAUGAUAAGGAGGAAAACUACAUAGCCUUUGACAAACUUGCCCCUGGAGAUUCCCAACCGAUUAAUUUCCUUAAAAAAGUGAUGCCUGAUUAUGCUUAAUGCAUUGCUGCUCUUCAAGGGGUCCACUUCAUUUUUGGUGUGUUCUUGUCUGUUAUUCUUCUUGUAGUCCAAUGGGGUAUGCUUUCCGCAAUGUCUUAACAUGUUCUUAAUUGUAUUCAAACUACACAAAUAUCUAGGUGGUUUAUUGGAAUUUCAUUGAAGGAAAAGCUUCCUGGUAGUCCCCAACCUUGCUUCUAGUGGGUCUGGCUUUUCAAGGAAACCCCCACUUUUUUUUUCUAC